AUGGAUAAGAAAAUUUUGAAGUUUGAGGAAGAGAUAAAGAAGAUAGAUGACAUGCUUCUUCAAGGAGGAGGAAUAAGUGAUGCACUGGUAAUUAAUGGAAGAUUGGUUAGAAAUUCAGCCAAAAUAAAGAUUGCCAUCAGAGAGUUUUAUAAGCAACUGUAUCAUCAAGAGAAGUCUCCUAUGGUGGGCUUCAGGGAUGGACUGGUGGCUAGAAUAUCUGAAGAGGAUUCUAUAGCGUUAGAGGUAUUACCGUCAGUUGAAGAGAUUAGUGAGACAGUGUGGGACUGUCAAUCAUCAAAAGCACCAGGUAGUGAUGGGACCGAGUUUAUGCCAGUUGUGACCGCUUUCUUUCAGACUUCAAGACUACCAAAAGACUCUAAUAUCACAUGGGUUAUGUUGGCACCAAAGUUCAUUAGGGCUAAGGAAAUCAAAGAGCUUUGUCUGAUUAGUAUGGUUGGAUGUGUGUACAAGGAGAUUUUGAAGGUGCUAGUUAGGAGGAUGAGAGCAAUGAUGCCAGGACUGGUUGGGGAGACACAGAGUGCAUUUGUCAAGGGUCGUAAAAUAAAUGAUGGGACACUUAUUGCGUGUGAAACUGUGCAUAGCUUAAGUUAA